AUGGAAGUGUCCCAUUCCUUAACACUCAAUGAAUCAGCCUUGCAGCAGCUUCCUGAUGAUAAAAAGCCACACUUUAUAUUUGAAUGGUUAAGGUUUUUGGAUAAAGUUUUAGUUGCAGCACAUAAGUCUGAUAUAAAAAACUGUCAGCAGAAACUGGUAGCACAGUUACUUAACUUAUUCCGAGAGAAUCUUGGUGCACCAGCCCGAAGAGUUUUAUCAAGAUGUCUGGCUACAUUAUUCUCUGUUGGUGAUACAUUUCUGCUAUUUGACACUGUCAAUAAAUGUAAUGAUAUUAUCAAAGUCAAGGAUGAUUCCCCUUCUUAUUUACCAACUAGGCUAGCUGCAAUUUGCUGUUUAGGCAGUAUGUAUGAGAAGCUUGGCCGAAUGAUGGGAAGAUCAUAUGAGGAGACUGUAUCCACCCUUGUGAAGUCACUGAAAAGUGCUGAAUCUCAAACUAGACUCGAAAUUAUGAUUACCUUGGAGAAGAUUUGUGUGGGAAUGGGAACUGCAGCAGGUAAUGUACUACGGGAAGUAUCAAGGGCUGCGCGUGCUUCGCUACUAAACGAGCGGUCUACGCCAGUUCGCGCAGCUGCCGCGAAUGCUUUAAAGAGUAUGUUACCGCUACAGAAGUUGACACCCGCUGAUGUUGAUGCUAUCGCUGCUGCUUGCUUGCGGGCUGCUCAUCCUAGCGAUUACCAGCUUAGAUGUGCAGUAGCAGAAUUGAUGGGAGCUUUGGUAGCAACGACUCAAGCUGGGGAAGCAACAAAUCUUAAUACUAAGAACAAAGUGGGAAUGCAAUUAGUACAAAACAAAAAGGAUUUGCCCAAAAAUAUAAUAUCGCUAGAAGAAGCGUUGAAUUUACUGAUGGGUGCUUUUUUAAGGGGAGGUACUUCAUUCCUCAAAGGGGAAAUUAUAAAAUCUGGUUCAGGUGUUAAUAGAGAAGUUCGUGUUUGUGUCACUCAUGCAUAUGUGAUAUUCGUACAAAAUAUGGGAGGUGUUUGGCUCGAACGUAACAUGAGUACGUUCUUAGCUCAUGUACUCGAUUUGGUGGCCAACCCCAAAGCUGCUAGUUCCCAUGUUGAUGCUGUGUAUUCCAGGAAAUGCAUAAACUACAUACUAAGAAACACACUCGGAAAAAUGUUGGGAGAAAAAGCUCAAGCCUCCGCGUGUAAAGAGAUCAUUCAAAUCGUCGCCAAACAAAUGAGUAGCAUUGAUUUUAAUCCGGAAAACGCAAAGGAUUGUAAUCAGGAAACACUCUUCAGCCAGCAUUUAUUAGUAUGCGCUCUCACAGAGGCGGGUGAAUUGUCAGUACAAUUGGGCACAUCAGUACACAACCUUGUCUCUGAUACCUCUUUGAAGAUGAUUGACACUAUGUUUACGGUACUAGAGCAUCCAUGUGUAGCAGCUCGGUUAGCCGCUGCAGCCGCUAUCCGUUGUGUGUGCGAAGCCCUGCCGGCGCUUAUAACUCCGCUCUUAGAUAGAGCCUGCGAUGCCCUGGACGUCGCUAGGCCUACGCCCCAUCAUAUUUCUGGUUACUCAGCCGCGCUAGCUGCCAUAUUAGGAGCGGUUCGAUCUUCGCCAUUAGGCGUACCUCACGGUCGUGGCAAAAUCGCAUUCAACGCGGCCGAGCAAUUGCUACGGUCAGCUGGACAAAGCAGCCGAUUGACUGCGGCUAGGACUAAUGCCGGAUGGCUAAUUGUUGGAGCAAUUUGCACUUUAGGUGUUCCCGUGGUACGCGGUUUGCUUCCACGUAUGUUACUACUAUGGAGGAACAGCUUCCCGAGGUCAGCUAAAGAGCUGGAGUCUGAAAAGGCCAGAGGAGAUGCUUUCACUUGGCAGGUGACAUUAGAAGGCCGAGCAGGCGCCUUGUCAGCACUACACAGUUUGUUGAUUCACUGCCCGUCGCUUGUACACAACGAUGAUACAGCCAAACGACUCACCCAACCCAUGGAUGGUGCUAUCGCUGUACUCACCAACGUGGGUGGUGUAGUACGGAACUAUGGCGGUGCGCUUAAAGCCCCCGCUGCCCUUCUACGCCUCCGCUUAUACCAGGCAUGCGGUGCCUUAGCCGCGGGAGCACCAGCCCCGCCCCUUCUGCGAUUGUUGGCCGCCGAGCUGGCCGGCUUUGCCGAACCCAGCGGAGCUAAUGUUGCCACAGGUAUGCUCCGUCACGCGAUGCAUCCGCGAGAUACAAUCCUACUUGAUGAAGAAAAUUGGAUCUAUGACACAGAUCAUGCUGAUAUUGAGGAACAGCUGAUAUCGGGACUAAGUGCCAGCGGUUCUGGGGCUUUAGAACAUGAUCCUUGCUGUUUGUACCGGAAGUUGUCAGGUGCACAGCCACUAGGCGUGGCCGUGAUAGACGCAUCUGUUGUUUUGUUCCCGCAGAUAUUCUCAAAAGCAGCAAACAAACACAGACAACAAAUGCUGGAACACUUCGCCGAGUGCAUCAAAAUGUCAAAGGGCGUACGUCAAGAGGCGAUACAGAUUAACGUAUACACUGCGAUGUUGCUCGCUCUACGUACGCUCGCCGAGAUGAAGUCCUCGCUAGGGCAAGAUCCAGUGAAGAACACAUGCACUGAGCUUAUAUUUGCAGGACUUUCAGCAAACAGUGCAACAGUCCGCGCUGCAGCGGCUUCAUGCGUUGGACGCCUUUGUAGCUGUAUAUCUGAAGCGGAGAGUCAAGCCCUUAGCGAGCGAGUGAUUACUUUAGCGAAGACUAGCACUAACCGCCCAACUAGGGCGGCAGCUGCAGCGGCUGUAGGCGCUGUACAAAGGGCUAGAGGUGCGUCUUCAAGCGCUGCAGCGUUGCCGGUCUUAAGAGCGUUAGCUCAGGAUACAAGUGCAAUCGAAGUUCAAGUGUGGGCCAUCCACGGCCUCUCAGUAGUAGUGGACGCAUCGGGCCCAAUGUUCCGAAGUCACGUAGAAUGGACUGUUAGUACCGCUCUACGUCUGGUAUUCAAUUCGCCACCCGCUUGUGAUUCUUUGAGAUGUGCUUUGGGACGACUUUUGGCUGCACUCAUUACUGUACUGGGACCGGAGUUGCAAGCAUGCGGCGGCGCAGCAGUAGGCCGAUUCAUAUGCGCGUGCGCAGCUCUUCAGGAAUGCGGCGGGGGAUCAGGUGGGCCACGCGCUGAGGCCACAGGAUGUUUGCAACAGUUGCAGAUGUUCGCACCGAGACAUAUUAACAUACAUACAUUGGUUCCUGCGUUAUGUCGUGACCUAUCUUCGCCUGAACUGUCAGUCCGUCGUGCGGCAUUAUGCUGCCUCCGUCAGUUGUCUCAGAAGGAGGCCGGUGAAGUCUGCAAAUACGCGAUGCUGGCUAAAGACCACGUGCCCGCUAAGCCUUAUUGUGGUGUAGUAAUAACGGAAACAGGUCUACCAGGUGCCUUAUUCGCCUAUCUAGACAUAGAGCGUGACGAAACAGCGUUAUCACACGCCCGUGAUACGCUCACUUGCUGCCUCUUGGCCGCAGCUGCUAAUGGCACCAUUAAGGAAUGGCUCGCACUCGCUAAACGCGUACUUACUAUUAAACUGGAGGAUAGCAACAACCUGGAUACAGAUCUAGACGCAGAAGGCGAUGAUGAUCAAGCAGAGUUCCACGCGGAAUCGGAAGAGUCUACGCAUCCCGCCGUACAGCCACGAUGGCCUACACGGGUAUUUGCAAUGGAAUGCAUACAAAAGAUUAUGUCAGCUUGUGAAGCGACUGGCGAGGCCGCUCACUUUGACCUUGUUAAGGCUAAAGAAAGACUUCGAAUGGAUCCUAAUGGUGACUAUCUAUCCCUUCACUUAUCGGACUUGGUUCGUAUGGCGUUUGUGGGAGCUACGGGCGAAUCUGAUGCGCUAAGGCUGUGUGGGUUAAAAACCCUACAAAUGAUCAUACAGCAGUAUGCACGAGCGCCGGAACCUGAUUUUCCUGGUCACUUGCUUAUGGAACAAUAUCAAGCACAGGUAGGCGCGGCAGUACGUCCUGCGUUCGCCGGAGACACGGCCUCGCACGUAACCGCGGCCGCGUGUGACGUAUGCUCUGCCUGGAUCGGCUGCGGUGUAGCCAGAGAUAUUAAUGAUUUACGCAGAGUUCAUCAACUCCUAGUAUCCAGUUUGGACAAAUUAAACAAAAAGGGAAAUACCACAUUGAUAUACAAUGAAAGUAUGGCUACGUUGGAGAAGCUUUCUAUAUUAAAAGCUUGGGCCGAGGUAUACAUAGUAGCAAUGGUGAGCAACGACAGUGCGCCCGGUAGCUACGUGAAACAACUAGACACGAAGCCUAUAAACAACCAAUCUGAAAUCGCGAAGUGGAAAAACCAGGUGUUGCAGAACAAUAAUGAAAUAGACAACGCUAAUAUAGAAGAGGAUGACGAAUAUGGAGAGUUCGAGAGUAAAGGAGAGAGUUUGUUGAAACUGGUUGAACCAGAGCUGGAGAGUCUUAGUGAGAAUUGGCUGGCUGCAUUGAGGGACCACGCUUUAUUGAGUUUGCCGCCAGAGUUCGCAUCCCAAUUGCCGCAUGGCGGUGGAGCGUUUUAUUCAGCGGAGACAGCGGAAGGGUCGCGGGCGCAUUACGCAACUUCGUGGCCGUCACUUUUGUAUGCAGCUGCUUUGAGAUAUAACGCGAGUUUCAAGAAUAUACCCUCACGCAGUGAUAUGACCGACAAUGUUGAUAACAAAAUGACAAAAACUGAAAAUGGCAACUUUGAAUUUUUCGAACCAGUCGACGAAAGAUUUCAUUUGCUCUUUGGUAUAUGUAUGGAAGCAUUGUGUGCUCAGCGUGAUAUGAGUGUGGAUAAUACAAAAUCAGUUCUAUUGUCGCUGGUUACUUUACUAGAUGCACCGGAAAACAGAGCGAGGCUUCUUAAAGAAAGGGCCCUAGCCAUUGAGCUAUGUCAGAUAAUCCACCGCAGUGGUCUGACCCAAGAGAGCAUCGAAGCAUUGCUGUUGGCCGCUGAUGUACUGCAAUUGGUGGUAUUGGGGGCAAGGGAGCAAUUGCAUGAGCAGAUGCAACAGAAAAUCAAAGAACUAGCUCCAAAUGAAGCUGCCAGUGAAAUUCCCCAAUCUGUGCUAGAAGUGGUCCACACGCUAGGGGAAGGUGGGCCAACAGGAGACCUCCCACCGGGAAAGUCUCUGGUCUUCGCAUGUUUGGAAGUCUGUCUAUGUUUCCUCGUUAGAAGGCUUCCAAACCUUAGCCCUUUGAAGCAAGAGGGGAGAGUGGGCGUGAUUGGAGUGAGGAAGGGACUUGGGAUUCAUGGAGAUACAUUACUGGUGAAAAGUUUGGUGUCCAUGUCUGAGUUGACUACAUUAACAAGUCCCCAGGGUGCCCUAUCUCUCCUACCAACAAUCCUUUACCUAGCAACGGAAGUACUUCGUUGCAGUAAGGGCGAUUCCACACUAAGCUCUGCGGGCGUGUUACUCCUCCAGCGAGGUGCGGAAUGUCGAGUCGCGCGUGUCUCGGACGAAACACGCGCGGCUCACGAGCAGUUAUUGCAGACCACGCUUGCGAAGCUGGUGGAACGGGUCAAGACUGAGGACAGUGAACAGCGUAUAGAGAGCGUAUGUGGCGCUAGAGCGAUGGCCGUUUUAUUGGCUAAAGUUGAUGCAGUCCCAUUACUUCACUACCCUUGCAUUAACCAUAUAAGACACUGUCUUGAUACCAGGGAUAAUGAGAUCUUUGCCUCAUGCUGCGUAGUACUUCGCGACAUCUGGUCUCGUUCUGCGCCCGCGCAGACUGUAUCCUGGUGGGCUCGCGCACUCGCAGCUCGGCUGGUGGCCAGGGCUGCCACUGCUUCGCAAGCGACUGACGCGGCACACGUGAGGGCUGCCACUGCCGCCUUGUCAGCCCUAACUGAGUUGGUGUUGGCAGCACCUACGGCCGGACGCGUCCAAUUACUUUGGCUACUAGUGCCUAUAGUGAUAUCUUAUUUGCGCGAGGGAAAUGCGCUCUCUGCAGCCCCAGCACACGUCCGCACGCUUCACGACUUCGCGCUACAAUGGCUUAUGAAGAUUGGACCACAGCACCCACAGGAAUUCAAAGCGAUAAUGCAGCAAUCAUCUGAACUUCGGACUAAACUAGAAAACGCAGUGAAAGCGAACCAAAACAGUCGUAACUCUGGCCCUGUACAGCGCCCGGUGUUCGAGUCCCGUCCGAACAAACCCGCCAUACAGCUGAAGACGGACUUCAGUGACUUUAGAUAA